UUUGCUGAGGUGACUAGAGGUGCGAGUGUGGUGUUUUGUGAGGCUGGUGCGUCCUCUGGUGGCAGGAAGUCAGCGUUAUAUUUUGACGUUUCCGUCUCCGGCAGACAUAUUGCUUACAGGAGCAAAUUCUGGAAAGCUAGAAGAGAGAAAGGAUUUAAAAUUGAUUUACAUCUCCACGACUUGAUUCACUCACACGACAUAGGACAUAAUGGAGCCGUCAGCCAGUCCGGCCAAAGACAACUACAGGAUGAACCGCUACAAGAACAAAGCACUGAACCCAGAGGAGAUGAGGCGCAGGAGAGAGGAGGAGGGCAUCCAACUCAGGAAACAGAAGCGAGAACAACAGCUGUUCAAGAGGAGGAAUGUGGACGUUCUCAAUGAAGAGGAAGCCAUGUUUGAGAGUCCACUGGUGGACUCUUACCUCAGCUCCCCAGUAACAGAAGGAGUCAUUACCAGAGACAUGGUUGAGAUGCUUUUCUCGGAGGACCCUGAGCUUCAGCUCGCCACAACACAAAAGUUCCGAAAACUACUUUCCAAAGAGCCCAACCCACCAAUUGAUGAAGUAAUUAACACAGCUGGAGUAGUGGAGAGGUUUGUGGAGUUCUUGAAGAAGAGUGUCAACUGCACACUACAGUUUGAAGCAGCUUGGGCACUGACCAACAUAGCAUCAGGCACAUCCAUGCAGACAAAGACGGUGAUCGAGGCCGGAGCAGUACCAAUCUUCAUUGAACUACUUAACUCUGACUUUGAGGACGUCCAAGAACAGGCUGUGUGGGCCUUGGGUAAUAUUGCAGGGGAUAGUGCAGUGUGCCGGGACUAUGUGCUGAACUGCGACAUCCUUCCACCUUUAUUAAUGCUCCUGACCAAAUCCACCAGAUUGACCAUGACUAGGAAUGCGGUGUGGGCUCUGUCUAAUCUCUGUAGGGGAAAAAACCCUCCACCUGCAUUUGAAAAGGUGUCACCCUGUCUGCCAGUACUGUCCAGGCUUUUAUUUAGCAGUGACCCAGACUUGCUGGCAGACGCCUGCUGGGCCCUGUCCUACCUCUCAGAUGGCCCCAAUGACAAGAUCCAAGCUGUCAUCGACUCUGGCGUCUGCAGGCGCCUUGUAGAGCUACUCAUGCACACGGACUAUAAGGUGGCCUCCCCUGCCUUGAGAGCUGUAGGAAACAUUGUCACUGGAGAUGACAUCCAAACACAGGUGGUGUUGAACUGCUCUGCCCUGCCCUGUCUGCUGCACCUGCUCAGCAGUGCUAAAGAGUCCAUUCGCAAAGAGGCAUGCUGGACCAUCUCGAACAUCACCGCAGGAAACCGAGCACAAAUACAGACGGUAAUUGAUGCCAACAUCUUCCCAGUGCUGAUCGACAUUCUACAGAAAGCAGAGUUCAGGACCAGGAAAGAGGCGGCCUGGGCCAUCACUAACGCAACCUCUGGAGGAACACCAGAACAGAUCAGAUAUCUGGUGAACCUGGGCUGCAUUAAGCCCCUGUGUGAUCUGCUGACGGUGAUGGACUCUAAGAUCGUCCAGGUAGCUCUCAACGGGCUGGAGAACAUCCUGAGGCUGGGCGAGCAGGAGGCCAAGCAGGAGAACACCGGCUCUGGAGUGAAUCCUUACUGCAGCCUCAUUGAAGAAGCCUAUGGUCUUGACAAGAUCGAGUUCCUCCAGAGCCACGACAACCAGGAGAUCUACCAGAAGGCCUUUGAUCUAAUCGAGCACUACUUCGGGGUUGAGGACGAGGACAACAGUCUUGCCCCUCAGGUGGACCAGGCCAACCAGCAGUACCUUUUCCCUCAGCAGGAGGCCCCCAUGGAGGGCUUCCAGCUAUAAGUCUGCACCCCUCUCCUCUAAAAUGCACCAUUUGCCCCCUCCAUACCUCCUCAUCUCAUGGAGGACCCCUGGAUGCCCGAGUCGAACCUCCAUGCCCCCUUCUCUGAUCUGCCACUACCCCUCAACUCUACCAUUACCCACAAACACACACAGACACACCCACCCUUUGGAGGAAAGCUAAAACUGUCCCGCUCUCCUGCCUAAAAAAUGCCCCUCCCCCCUUUCUUUCUUCCCUCUUCUAAACCGGUGGACUGAAUUCUUGCAGGGCAGACCCAUGUGUUACAUCGCCGGGGAGAGAGCGCCACACAAACUCCAUUACACUUAAAAGAGGAAGUGAUCACCACAUUGCCCAAAAUGCAAGUCUGUCCUGGCUUCAAACGCACACCGACAUCUUCCAGCCAUUUAAUAGCUCUCAGUGGCCGUAACGAUGGUUUGUUGAUUAAUAUCUUUAUAUAUACACUUUCAUUUCUUUUCCAGUGGGACAUUCCUAUUUUCAGGAUUACCCAUGCAUCCCCAUGCAAAGUCCACAGACUGGGGUGCAUGAGGUGAAAUAUGCCUAGCUCUUGAUGUCAGUCUGACUUAGUGCAAUUCAAAGAAGAAGAAAAAAAACCCAGUAACAUGAUCCCUUUUUUGUUUAAUGAUUAGUUAUUUCCCCCCCCCCCAGGACUUAUUUAUCUCCUUUUUUUGUGCUUGUGAUUUUUUCUUUUUUCCUUAUUAUCAACAUUUUUUUUUUUAAGUGGGACAAAUUACAGGGGGAGGGUUGACGUGGGAAGUAAAAAAAAAAAAAAAAAAAAAAAAAAAGUCUGAAAACAACAAAAAAAAACUCUGAACUUAGGAUGGGCUCUGGAUGGGAUGUUGGAAAAGAGAUUGGGUGUUUUUAGUGGAUAUGUUUAAAGAUCUAGACGAGAAAAAAAAAAAAAAUCCAGUUUUCGAGGUUGGUAUAGUUAGAGAUCCAAUGUUCGUUGUGUGCCGUGUUAUGAAUAACAAUACAUUUGAAUUAUGAAGUGAUCUAACUAUUAAACAAGGCACGGCUGGGGAUUCAGGGGGAAAGGUGCCCGCGGCAGCAGCAAACCAACCUUAUUUUUUUAUAUUUAAAUGAAUUCAAGAGCUCGCAGGUUGUUUAAAGUAGGGUGAAAUACCACUUGGUGGUGCAGACACGUUUCUAGUUUUGUCUGAUUUCAUCGAAGCCCCGUGUAAACAGGUCGCUGCCGGUUCGCGAGGCCCUGUGCCCCCCCCCCCCCCAGCUGUUUGUGGUAGGGUUUUUGCAUGGUGUUAUAUUACCCUGCGUACUGUCACGGAGUAUCCCUUGCCAAACACAGUUGGCACAGAGAGAUAGAGAACAGUGUGAAGAAAUACUUUGAGACUUUGCUGUAGGCUGCUCAGUGUUUCUUGUUGCAGCAUUUGGAGUUAAAAAGCAGGAACUGGGCCACAACUAAUUGGUUUGGUGGUGUUAACCGUAAUAGUGUAGUGACGGUGUUGGUGUUUUGUAUAGUGGUAGAGUUGAUCUAUAACCUAAGGCAUUCUAUAUCACUAUAUCUUUGAGGGAUGGGAAUGACACCUGUUAAUGAUUUUGCAUGGGUCCAUUGUGAUAUUGAUGUAAAUAGCCUAUCCUCUGCCUGGCAAGGUAAAGUGCGCCGCUUCUUUGUCCCCUUGUGGGUCUAAUAACAACCCGAGUUUGGCUAGGGAUAUAUCUCAGACAAGUGACGAGCCUAACUGCAACCAAAAUUUCAAGUAUAAAUAUAUAUUUGAAUUUUGAUGUAUUUGCAUUUUAUAUAUAUAUAUAUAGAUAUAUAGAUAUAUAUUUGCGCACACUUCAUGCACACUUGCAUACAACACCAGCAGACACUGUACACACACCUCUCACAGGUGAGUGGCUAGUAGCAAGUAAAAUAGUUUCCAUAGUCUUUGGAGUGGAAAAAGUAGUUUAUUCUUUCAUUUUAUUUUUCAAGUUUUGCUUUUCUCCAGAGUGUGAGAUUUGCCUUUUUGGCUGUUUUUGGUUUCAGAGCACUUAGUAUAUUUUCUUUAAAAAUGUUGCCCUCGGUUUGGUCUGAAUUAAGAUUGUUCUUCCGUUUUAAUUAAGACAAUUAAAAGAGAUUCUUUUCUUCUUUUUUUUUUUUUCUCGAAUUCAAAAGGGAUUCGCCGCACACAUAGGUCUCCAUGGAAACUUUUUUUGUUGUUUCUAGCCACGUGACUUAUGAUGGUUUAAAUUAGACCUGUUAACCCUGACCCGGGAUCCGCUCUGCCUUUGACAGAAGCUGAUCUUGGAUCAGGGUUUAGGCUUUGUGGAUGGAGCAAAACUGUGGUUGUGUGAUGUUUGACUGACAGGCACUGUGUGAGGAAGAGGUUGAUUGACUCUAUGACUAUGUCCCUAUCUGAGUCUGGGAGCCCCUGUUCUGUGGAUUACUGAACCAGCCCUAACAUUAAAUCAUGGAACUGUGAACAGAAUUAUGUUACUCUACAGCAAACAUUUGAUAGAUUAGUAUGUUGAAUAUCGUGUAUACUUGGGAGUACACUUUCAUCAGUUUUAACCCAAAACUAUUUCCUUUUAUGUGAUAGGACAUCUUUUUGGAUAGACCAGACUUAUAUAUAUACUUAUAUCAUUUAGUUUGUUUCAGUAUAACAUCUUUACAUAAGCCUUUGACAGUGGGAAAUAUUAUAGGGCGCAGGGCCGUUAUUAUAUUCUAGGGUUUAAGCAUUAGCUGAUCUGUUAGUGAGUUUGAGAUGUUAUCCACAGAACCAGGUGCUCUCAGUCGACAUAAUGGCUGAAAUACAUGGGGCCCGGGUGAUAGGUGGCGCGGCCACCAGCAGAGCGUGUCCAUUAUAAUCAACUGAAGCUGCUACACUGACCAGGGAAGUCAUGCAGGCCUCGCACCGCUCGUCUUUUUUCUCUCUAUGCACUAAUAAGCUCUACGGCCCUCAGAUAGAUAGAUAUGUAGAUAGAUGGAUACUUUACUGAUCCCCAAGGGGAAAUUCAAGCUACGUAGAACUGUAAAAAGAAAUGUUUAAAAAAAGGCAUAAAAUUACUAAAAUAAAUAACUCAUUGUACCAGAGGCAACGUAAUGCCGCAGAGCAACCUUGUGGUUUUUUUUACAUUUCACGUUUAAAUCAAUCAAGUCAGUGUGCAUCCUGUAGUUAAAACGAUCCAGUUAACUAAUUCAUUACUCUUCCAAAACCUGCAUAACUUGGCAAAACGCAAUAUGCACACAGUGAAGCUGGCACUGGCACACAAAAAUACACUCAACAAAGUUGGAGUCUGUGUAGCCGGAGAAAAAAAAAAAAACCCCGCUCUGACACUCGUGCCCCAUGUAUUUUGGCCGUAAGAGUUCAAAUCAUGACUAAUUGAGCAUCCAGAACUUGCCUCUACGUGACAGAUGUGUAGAGCAGCAUUUAUAACUCAAGUCUUUGAUUUUGACUCUGUGCUUGGCCUACAAAUGAUGCCAGAAUUGCAGUGGUUUAAAAAAA